AUGGACGGCCGAGGGAGGAGAGGCACGAACGGGUCCUUCAAAAGAUCGUCCGUCAAACGCAGCGCGUCGUCUGCAUCUCAGAAGACUCACAGGGCGUGGAUCGAGAGAACCUUCCAGAAGAGGGAAUGUGUCCAGGUGGUCCCCAGCAGAGACGCCAGCAGGUGCGGUUGUGGUCUGCCGGUGACUCAGCACAGCUCCAGAGAGGAGGGGGCCCCCCUGGUCCAGCUGGAGGUCCAGGCUGCAGAGAGGUGGAGCCCCCCGAAGCACAGCCAGGCGUCGUCCACGGACGCCUACGGGGUCAUCGAGUUCCAGGGAGGAGGACUCAUCAACAAGGCCACGUACAUCCGGGUCUCCUACGACUCUAAGCCGGACCAGCUGCUCCACCUGAUGGUGAAGGAGUGGCAGCUGGAGCUCCCCACGCUGCUCAUCUCGGUCCACGGAGGGCUGCAGAACUUCGACCUGCCCCCCAAACUGAAGCAGGUUUUUGGUAAAGGACUGAUCAAAGCCGCGGUGACCACCGGGGCCUGGAUCUUCACCGGGGGAGUCAGCACUGGGGUGAUCCGCCACGUUGGAGACGCUCUUAAGGAUCACUCGUCAAAGUCCAGAGGGAAAGUCUGGGCCAUCGGCAUCGCACCAUGGGGGAUCAUCGAGAACAAGGAGGACCUCAUCGGGAAGGAUGUGACCCGGCCCUACCAGACCAUGUCCAACCCACUCAGCAAGCUGUCGGUCCUGAACAGCAGCCACUCCCACUUCAUCCUGUCCGACAAUGGGACCACCGGGAAGUACGGCGCCGAGGUCCGCCUCCGCCGGCAGCUGGAGAAACACAUCGCACUGCAGAAGAUCAACACGCGUCUGGGUCAGGGCGUCCCUGUGGUGUGCCUGAUCCUGGAGGGGGGUCCUAACGUGAUUUCUAUCGUGUUGGAGAGUCUGAAGGAGGAGCCUCCCGUCCCCGUCGUGGUCUGUGACGGCAGCGGUCGAGCGUCUGACAUCAUCUCCUUCGCACACAGAUACUGCGGAGAAGACGGGUUGCUGAGCGACAGCGUCAAAGACCAGCUACUGGUCACCAUCCAGAAGACCUUCAACUACAGCCGCAGCCAGGCGCAGCAGAUGUUCCUCAUGGUGAUGGAGUGCAUGAAGAGGAGAGCUCUGAUCACAGUGUUCAGGAUGGGCUCAGAGGGACAGCAGGACAUUGAGAUGUCCAUCCUGACAGCCCUGCUCAAAGGUACGAAUGCGUCGGCGUCUGACCAGCUGAGUUUGGCUCUGGCCUGGAACCGAGUGGACAUCGCUCGCAGUCAGAUCUUUGUGUACGGGCACCACUGGCCUCCUGUCAGCUCGCCGCCCACCAACCGGCCAAAGAGUCCAGCGGCCCAGAGAGCAGCCGGAGGGAAAGGAAAGGCUCGGGGGAAGAAGGGAAAGGGGGGCAAAGCAAAACCUGAACCCCCAGAGGAGACCGACCCCAGGAAACUAGAGCUGCUCAGCUGGGUGAACUCUCUGGAACAGGCCAUGAUGGACGCUCUGGUGUUGGACCGAGUGGACUUCGUGAAGCUGCUGAUCGAGAACGGCGUGAACAUCCAUCACUUCCUGACCAUCCCUCGUCUGGAGGAGCUCUACAACACGAAGUUGGGACCGACCAACACGUUGCACUUUGUGGUCAGAGAUGUGAAAAAGGGGAACCUCCCUCCAGACUACCAGAUCACGCUGAUUGACAUCGGCCUGGUGCUGGAGCUGCUGAUGGGCGGAGCCUAUCGCUGCAACUACACCCGCAAGAGCUUCAGGGCGCUUUACAACAACCUGUAUGGGCUGAAGAGGCCUAAAGCAUUGAAACUUCUUGGAAUGGAGGACGACGAGCCCCGCUCCAAGGGGAAAGGAAAGAAGAACAAGAAGAAGGAGGAGGAGCUGGACAUCGAUGUGGACGACCCGGAGCUCAGCAGGUUCCAGUACCCGUUCCACGAGCUGAUGGUGUGGGCGGUGCUGAUGAAGCGCCAGAAGAUGGCGCUGUUCCUGUGGCAGCGGGGGGAGGAGGCCAUGGCCAAGGCGCUGGUGGCCUGCAAGCUCUACAAGGCCAUGGCCCACGAGUCGUCCCAGAGCGAGCUGGUGGACGACAUCUUCCAGGACCUGGAGAACAACUCCAAGGAGUUCGGUCAGCUGGCCUACGAGCUGCUGGAUCAGUCGUACAAACACGAUGAGCAGGUGGCGAUGAAGCUGCUGACGUACGAGCUGAAGAACUGGAGCAACUCCACCUGUCUGAAGCUGGCCGUCGCCGCCAAGCACCGAGACUUCAUCGCUCACACCUGCAGCCAGAUGCUGCUGACGGACAUGUGGAUGGGCUGCCUGAGGAUGGGCAAGAGCAACAGCCUCAAGGUGAUCUUAGGGAUCAUCUUCCCUCCUGCGAUUCUGCUCCUGGAGUUCCGUCUGGGAGACGAAGCUUCGUUUCAUUCGUCCAAAGACAACGACGAGAGCAAAGCGAGAGGACGCCAAGAGGACGACAAGUCCAACAAGGACGCCGUCUCCAACAUCGACGCUACGUCAAAGAAAGGAGACGAAGAAGAAGACCAGAGGAAACACAAGCAGAGAACUCCGAUCGGGAGGAAGAUCUACGAGUUCUACAACGCCCCCUUCACCAAGUUCUGGUUCAACACGAUCUCGUACCUGGUAUACCUGAUGCUGUAUAACUACAUCAUCCUAGUGAAGAUGGAGCGAUGGCCGUCUCUGCAGGAGUGGAUCGUCAUCUCUUACAUCAUCACUCUGGGACUGGAGAAAGUCCGACAGAUCCUGAUGUCAGAGCCGGGGAAGCUGAAGCAGAAGAUCAACGUGUGGCUGGAGGACUACUGGAACAUCACCGACCUGGCGGCCAUCUCCGUGUUCCUGCUUGGUCUGCUGUUGCGGCUGCAGAGCGAGCCGUCGAUGGGCUACGGGCGCGUCAUCUACUGCGUGGACAUCAUCUUCUGGUACAUCCGAGUCCUUGACAUCUUCGGAGUCAACAAAUACCUCGGACCCUAUGUGAUGAUGAUCGGCAAAAUGAUGGUGGACAUGCUGUACUUCGUGGUCAUCAUGCUGGUGGUGCUGAUGAGCUUCGGCGUGGCGCGGCAGGCCAUUCUGCACCCGGACGAGAAGCCCACGUGGCGUCUGGCUCGGAACAUCUUCUACAUGCCGUACUGGAUGAUCUACGGGGAGGUCUUCGCUGACUCCAUAGACCUCUAUGCGAUGGAAAUCAACCCUCCUUGUGGGGACAACCUGUACGAUGAAGAUGGGAAGAAGUAUCCUCCCUGCAUUCCAGGAGCGUGGCUGACUCCGGCCAUCAUGGCGUGUUACCUGCUGGUGGCCAACAUCCUGCUGGUCAACCUGCUGAUCGCCGUCUUCAACAACACCUUCUUCGAGGUGAAGUCCAUCUCCAACCAGGUGUGGAAGUUCCAGCGCUACCAGCUGAUCAUGAACUUCCACGACCGUCCCAUCCUGCCGCCGCCGCUCAUCGUGCUGCCGCACGUCUACAUCGUGCUGAAGAGGCUGUGCUGCCGCUGCCGCCGGCGGCCGGAGGGCGACCCGUCUGACGGGGAGCGGCGACUCCAGCUGGUCCUGACCCCCGAGGAGCUGAAGGGGCUGCACGAGUUCGAGGAGCAGUGUGUGGAGGAGUACUUCAGGGAGAAGGACGACGAGAAGCAGUCGUCCAACAACGAGCGCAUCAGAGUGACGUCCGAGAGGGUGGAGAACAUGUUCAUGCGUCUGGAGGAGGUAAACGAGAGGGAGCACUCCAUGAAGGCCUCCCUGCAGACGGUGGACCUGCGCCUGGCUCAGCUGGAGGAGUUCUCCAGCCGGAUGAUGAACGCCCUGGAGAAGCUGGCGGGCGUGGACCGGGCCGAGCUGGUCCGCUCGCAAUCCAGGGCGUCGUCGGUCUGCGAGCCGUCCAGCCUGCUGCGACACGGCAGCAUGAACAGCGCCGACGGGUACAGCCUGUACCGGUACCAGCUGGAGCACGAGGACCGGAUCUCUGCGUCCGAAGACCAGGAGGGAGCCAACAGGAGGGUCCAACUGAGUCCAGAGAGACCAGGGGGAACCGUCCAGGGAGGAAACACAACAGGUGACCUGGAGUUUGGGUCGACUCUGGAGGUGAGUGGGCUGAAGGAGAGGACUCAGUCUCUGUCCAACGUCGACAUCCUGGUCUUCCCCUGCGACCCCGAGCACAGACCCCCCCCCCACUCUAGGGCGGCGGCACUUCAGACCGACGUGGGGAAACCAGCAGAGAAAACCCGUCUGGAGGCGGCUGUGUCCUGCCCUCUGGAGAGGUCAAAGGUCACACAGUAUGUACUCUCUCCGACCCUCAGCUCCUCCCCCAACAGGAAGUCCGGCAGCAGCAUUGUCUACAGCGCCGCCCAUCAGGACCAGGAAGGGCCAAACAGCCGGACCCCCCCAAGCUCACAGGAGGACUCCGGAUCACCCGGCAUGCCUCACCUGGGAGAACAUCCCUCCCCAGGAGUGACGGUGGAGAAGAUUGAAGACGACAAAACCGAACAGGAAAAGGAGGAAAGAUCGACCACGCUGUCUGAGGAGGAGGAGGAGCUGCUGGUCAAGGAGGACAGGAUGUACCCAACGCUGCGCUCCAAAAGUUUGAACACCAAUCCGAGGAAGAAGGAGAGCGAAGACGCACCUCGCUGGGCAGGUAGCGCCAGAGACCUGGUGUCCACCUUCAGAGGGGGGGCGGGAGGAGGGUCACGGCCCAGAACCAGGUCCAGAGAAUCUGACAGCUGA